UAUAAAUAAUUAUGCCACUUGAAUAUAUAAUGAGGUUAUAGAAGAAAACUUUAGUAGUAAAAAUUUAUGCUUAUUUUCGACAACCACAAGUAGCUAGCGAUAAAUUUUGGCACAUUUUAUUCCUGGAAAAGCAUUUUGGAUUUUAUGCAGUAAAUACGACACCAGAGGACUUCUAGAAAUGUCGGUUUACAGGUGUCUAUAGUCGGUAUCCAGUACCCUCUUAACCUAGUGAAGGGCUAUUUAAACGAUUUUUUCAGAGAAAAUAUGCGAAUUAACCUUAAAAAGAGUAAACAUCGAUGUAAAUAUCGAGGAAUCUAUGAAAACAAACAUUGGUAAACAGGUGUUAGAAAGUAGGCGAAGAAACAGAGUUAAGAAGAGAAAAUAAAUUAGAGAAGAUUUCUGAAAAAAGUUAUAGAGAUAUAACAAGUGAAAUGACAUCAGUGCAGAAAAGAAACAUGCAGCAACAUCCCGCACCGGUUGCUCCCGUUCAAUUGGAUUCUGCAAUUGCUAUAAGAAUAGCUAUGGGUGCAAAAAUGACUCACGAGAGAUCACUAAUGUCUCGACCAGAUCUGUGGCAUAGAUUUACUGUUCUCAGAGGUGCACAAUUUGACAAAGAGACAGUCUUGAAGGCUAUUCUGAAAAAUAUAGAACCACAUGACUUAAUACCGGUGAAUUACCAAGUCCUCGGUGAUGACACGUGGUUCAUAGCGAGAAAUUGCGGUCCUGCUCUGGAACAACUGUGCAAAACCAAUCUAAUUAUUAAAAAUGUUGCUGGAGACGCUAUCAUUCUCAUGAUAACUUUGGCUUUUGCUUCAAUAUACAACAGACCAAUCAAUGUACAACCACUUCUGUUAACUGCGUUGACCAAGAGAUACGACCCAAACAAGAAGAUAUUGAAUUUAGAAAACUUUCACAGAGAUCCGGGCAUAGAGAAGACCGUUUAUUGUCCUUUAUCGCAAAUCAAAACUUCCAUUUUUGUUUUAAAACUAGCCAAAACUGCUAUAGCCACUUUUGAGCACUUAAGUUUACAAAACAACGAAUUACUUAACAUUUCCGCGAUAGAGAGCGCAGAGUUAACGUUCAUCAAGUAUCUCGAUCUGAGACAUAAUAAUUUGUUAAAUAUGAGCGCGCUAGCUUCUCUAAAAAAUCUACCGAUUAAGAAGCUUUGGCUGGAUGGAAAUCCUCUUUGUGAAAAUUAUUCGACGGCGAAGCAAUAUGUAGAAUCUGCGAAAAAAUAUUGUCCGAAUUUGCAGCAACUAGACGGCGUAAACAUUAUGCCGAACAUGCCGUUCGUGUACAAAGACUAUGUUAUAAAUGACAGGAUGGAAGAUUUCGUACAUAAAUUCGCUUCGCAUUUCUUUGCAUUGUACGAUCGAAUCGACAGAACACCUUUAAGAGGACUCUAUCAUAAGAACGCGCUCUACUCAAUGAGCUGCGCCAUUCCCAACCCCAUCGCUCAAAAGUCCAAGCUUCAACCGUACACAUCGAACAGAAAUCUAUUAGCUAAGUCUCGGAAAGCGAGGAAAAAUGUAUAUACGUUUCUCUUUCAGGGCCCGGAUGAAAUUUUAGCGAGUCUGGCAAAAUUGCCCAUGACCUAUCACGACAAAAGUUCCUUCAAGUACGACGUGCUGUUCGACAACGGCACUUGCACGGUAAUUUCUAUCUCGGGAUUGUUUAAGAAACUCAGCUCCGGCACGAACAUACUGUCGUUUUCGAGAACGUUCGUUUUACAGGCCUCUUACGAUGACGAGUAUCACAUUCUGAACGAUCAGUAUCACGUGUUCGCGGCGCCCGAAGAUUUGACACCCGAACACAUUACGGUCAAAUAUACGUACAACGAAGUCGAAGACAUGUGCUUCAGUCCGAAGGAAAAAGCGGUGCUACUCACCAGAAUGAGACAGAUCACCAAAUUGAGCAAAGAAUGGGCCGAAAACUAUCUGCUGGGAGCUCAGUGGAACAUGCGGGAGGCACUGACGAACUUUAUGCAAGAUUUAAAAAACUCCUCGGUACCGGAUCACGCGUUUGUUAUAGAAGAUAAGAAGAAAACAUAAAAUAUGUUACAGAGUUUAAGAUGUAUAUUAAUAACUAAUCUUUUUUGUUUGUAAUUUUUUUGUGUAUCUGCAAUUUCUACUUUCAUUAUCUAUUGUUACUUUCGGCAAUAAUUUAGACUAUCUAGAAAAACUAUCAUCUUUAAUAUAACUUUUUCUUUAAAUAAACAUACCAAAUAUGCUAAUCUAAUAAGUAGCUUUUUUAAUGUCGUUGAAAUUUGAACCGAGUCAAAAAAUACACUUUGCUCGGAACUCGUUUCCGUUUAUUAAAGAAAUCAUCGUCGCAAUUACACGUAAGAGCGCAUCGAAAAAGUUCGUCUCAUUUCUUCGUAAUGAAAAGUAGCACAUUCAAUCGCGCGAUUAAUUAUGCAUUUUCUAUAUUGGAUAUUUACCUUCAAACAGACGAUAGCAUCGUAUAUAUCACAACAAGCGUAUCACAAUGCUAUGUUACUCGCAUGGCAUUUAAAGUCUUCAUGGGGAACGAUUCUCUCAGUGACUUCACCCAAAGGUUAUGCACUCAAGGACCGUAGUGAUCACCCGGACGAUGUGAAUGAAACAAAAUCGCGCGAAGGCUGGCAAGUUGUUUUUUUUACCCUUUCUUCCAACAUAAAACUUAUGCGCGUUGCGCAUAACACGCGCAAAAGCAAUCGACGACCUUCGUGAUGAUGUUACACGCGAUUAAGUAAAUCAUUUGUCUCGUACGCGGAUCUGUGUUACGACUUAUUAAUAAGUUAAAUAAUAACGUAAUAAAAGAGACAACAUAUAAUAUUGCGAAUUGUUAUAAUUAUCAUCGCGAAAAACACGUUGUAAUAAAGAAGAGAGAAGAAGUUUUGCUCCGCUAUAAUAAGAAUAAUAUCCGAUAAAUUACACGUGUUGUCAUCCGUAAUUGCACGUUUCACAGUCUCAUUGGAGACUUUGAUAUGUACUCCCGUUGUGUGAGGUGCCAUAUAUAGAAAUAAUAAAUUCUCUAGCCAAAAACUAAAUGAAAGCUGACGUGUGAUCAUUAAGAAUUAGAAAGUAGUAAUCAUAUCAUCAUUUCUACGUGAAAAGGUUACGAAAGACCAAUUUUAUAUUAAAGGACAAAACGUAGCGCAAACGAGGUUUACGAGGUUUUUUUGUUUUGCGUUGCGUCACCGUCGCGAGGAAAUAAUGUAAUGACGCGAUAGCUAAAUAAACAAUCAUAAUACGUUCAACGAUGUUUCGAUCGUAUCUUCCUGAGUUCUUUCU